ACGAUGACGCGACAAAACGCGAAACUAGAUACGGGAUAACGGAAAAUAAUACAAUUUCCAUCAGUUCGGUUCACACAAAACUUGCAAAAUGUCGUUUUCAGGCAAAAGAUACCGAAGAGUCCGUUCCGAAAAUAUUGAAGAAUUAGUUAACGCGAGCGACACAAAUGAGAACCUAAUACGGAUGCUGCAGAGCAACGCUCCAAUCUUCUGCUUCACCCGCAUAGACGAGAACACGUUCAACUUCACCCUGGAGAUGCAGAACAGGACCAUGACGCAUGACUUCAAGCUGGGAGAGCCACAUGAGAUGGAGAGGAGAGACGGAUCGAAGGUUAAAAUAACAUACACAUUGGAAGGCGAGAACGUUUUGAAACAAGUCAUCAUACCUAAAGACGGCAGAGUUGCGUACUUCAGGCGAGAAUUCGGCGAAAACGAAGUUAAAAUGAUAAUCAAAAUGGAAGGCACAGACGUUGAAGCUGUAGUUUAUUAUGAAGAAGUCAAGUGAAUGUGUAAAUUAAAAUAUUUCAUUCAGAAAUGUAUUUAUUAAUGUUAAGUUCAAAUAAAAUUAUUCUUAAGUUAAA